CGCCAGUCAUCCCUGCAUACAUCCCGGCCUGGCGAGCCAUGAACUGUUGCUGGAAUGCCAAGUCUGUUCCAGCCAUCGGGUCGAAGUGCGAAGGGGGCAGGCCAUCCACUGCAUCGACAGACCGACGAUGUAUGGACUGUGGCCGCUGCGUGCCACGCGUAGAGAUAGAUAUACGAGGCUGCCCACGGAUGAGCCCGGCUCGUGUCAGCUGUGCCUUGAUGUCGGCUUUGUAAGCUUCGACAGCUUCUUUAUCCUGUAGAACGGUGUUGAACACACAACGCGCAGCUAAACCCGUUCGAACACAUACCCGCAUCCAAUCUGGUCGCUUCUGGCCCCAACCAAGACAAUCGAUACCGAGUCGGAUGCACGUCUGGCACGAGUCGCCCUCUCGAAUCUCAUCGCACUUCUACAAUCGUUGUCAGACCCGAGAUGCGGCCUGAAUCAGUGAGAUGACACACCUUCCUCCUCAAUCGGCAUGUCCUGGAGUAGAUCAUAAAGCCCUGCUCGCGACAGAUCGACUGGGUAGCGUUGUGGUGAUGCACGGGCACUCGAAGAUUCGAUUGAAGAGUCUGGGGUAAAGGCUAGGGGUACGUUGACCGAUGCGGGGGACACGUUGGAGGACGCGACAGAUGAUGAUGUGGGUGACUGGCUCCCGGAGGAGGAGGGCGGGGAGCUUCUGUAUGCCAUACGUCCGGGCAUGGUGUGCGGACAGAGUUACCGGGAGAGAGAGCGAGAUCAAGAGUCGAUGCCCAAUGCAUGCACCACUAUAAAGAUAUUUUGCGCGGAAAGAUCUCACGAAACGAUCUCUCGGAUCCCUAAUCCGUCGAUGACUGCAUUGCCGAGACAGGGUUUUCCAGAUGGAAGGGGUUAGCCGUUUGGUCCUGGGAAAAAGCGUGCCAUAUGACUAGCAUUGAUUCAAUGAUCUGGUAGCGAAGGAGACUAAGGAGUAAGGCGUGCCAGGUUCCAUGGCUC